GGACGUGGAACAGGCUAAGGGGCUGAGGAUAUGCAGUGGGGCGUUUAAAACCUCUCCAGUGGCUGCUCUUCAAGUUGAGGUAGGGGAAGAGCCUCUAAGGAUAAGAAGGGUAAAGCACAUGCUGGCAUACUGGGUAUAUCUGCAGGGGCACAAAAGGUCACAUCCAGCAAAAGCAAUAUUAGAGGAAUGCUCAGACCACGACAAGACCAAUUUUUUGAGUUUGGGCUGGGUAGGGAAUGUAAAAGCCGAAAGUGUUGGUUUAUGCAACAUGCAAUUUGUAUCAAGUCAUUCUUUACCAGAAAUCCCUCCAUGGGUAUUUCAGGAGCCAACAGUGGACUUUGGUAUUCAGGAUAAAGUAAAGAAGAAAUCAGGGAAUACAGGAGAUAUUGUGCAAAGAUACAUUGAACAGAACUAUGCAAAUAAACUGUUGAUAUUUACGGAUGGAUCAAAAGAUCCAAAGACAGGGUGCACCGGGGCAGCAGUCUUCAUCCCAGAACAAAGACUGGCAAUUAGAGAAAGGGCUACUGAUCAUGCCUCAGUAUACUCAGUGGAGCUUUUAGCAAUAAUACUUGCAUUAAAGUGGAUGAAGGGAGGGAAUGUUGUACAUGCAGUAAUAGCAUCAGAUAGUUAUGCAGCACUGGAAAGUAUCAAAACAAUGAAAUCAUGUAGGCAAGAUCUUGUUAUGGAGAUUCAGCAACUGCUACACCAGAUACAGAACAGGGGGGGGACAACCAGAUUUGUAUGGGUUCCAGCACAUGCAGGUGUUGAGGGUAAUGAGGAAGUAGACACACUUGCAAAACAAGCUGUCAGAGCACAAACAAUAAAAAACAGCAUUCCACUGGGUAGAGCUGAAGGGAAGUCAAUAAUCAAAACACAGAUGCAGAGAGUUUGGCAGGAAUAUUGGGACAUCAAUGACACUGGGAGACAUUUCUACAGGAUACAGAGUCAGGUGGGUGGAGGACGGGUAUUUGGCAGGAGCAGGAAGGAGGAGGUGGCCAUCACCCGUCUUAGGCUUGGGCACACAGGGUUAAACAGCACACUAAAAAUAAUAAGUAAACACCCCACAGGAAAGUGUCAAAGCUGCAAUGUACAGGAAACAGUCGAACAUGUCCUAAUGGAAUGUAGGGAGUAUGAAAGAGAGAGGGAAGUAUUAAAAAAUGGUUAAAAAAAGGAAAACAUUGGAUUUACAUUAAGGAGUGUGUUACAGAGAACAAAAGAGAGCAAUAAACAUGUACAAAGAUAUUUGAGAAGAACUGGCCUAGUUAAAAGGAUCUAGUAGGGUUUGGAGGGGGUUCCUUUUUUUUUUUUUUUUUUGUAAAUUACCAAUCUAAUGUUCCACACUCCAGUUCGGUAGGUGGCGGCAAUGCGCCAAAUUGUUGGAUGCCAGCCGCCAAUCAAAUCCAAGAAGAAGAAGAAGAAGAGGAGGAGGCGGAGGAAGAAGAAGAAGAAGAAGAAGAAGAAGAAGAAGCCUAGCCGACUAUCCUCCAUCUUCUCUGUUUCUCCCCACUGUCUGCUCCUCUCACAGUCUGUUUUUAGAUUCACCUGAGGACAAGUUUACACCUGUAGCCUCACCUUAGCCCGAGCCAGGAGCAGGUGAAAGUGGCUGGGAUGGCGGCUGACCGGCGCGAGGACAAAGGUGAGGCACGCAUUGGCUGUUUCGUGAGCUGUAGCUAGCUGUUGGCGUUAGCAUGCGUGCUAUCUUUGUUCUGAGCAGCAGGUCCGAAUACUAGAAUUUACGGUCCGGUUUGGACCAUCAUGUCGGUUAGUUGGUUCGCGGGUCAGUUAGCGGUCGUUGUGUUGUCUGUGGUGGUCUGUGUCUCAGUGUGGUUACCAAAAUAGAGCUAAAAUCUAAGGAAGCACCAAACCUUGUUUAAAAACCCACUAACUCACUUGAGCGGUCCGAGACAAACAGAAAAAAACAGAGAACAUGAACCGAACUGAGUCUGGGGAGUCCGACCAGGAUUCGGAUCAGAUCGGCUCUGCGUUACCUGUCUAAGCUCACCUGGGCACGUGUCCUUGGGUCUGAUUACCUGCGACAGAAACUAGAACUCUGAAACUUUCCCCACGAAUGUAACAUGUCCUCCAUCCAACCAGGAGAGCCUGAGAUCUCAGCUCUCUAUCAUCAGUGUGUCCUCACAGAGACUCAGUUUCUCUGUGUCUCCUGUUCACCUGCCUGACUUUAGAGAGUCCUGAUCGUAAAGGUUCCUAGUCCUUACCCAAAGAAUUCUGGUUCUGAUUCCAAAGGUUCUGGGUCCUGGCUUAAAGGUUCCUGGUUCUGUCUUUUUUUCCAGAUGGAGAGCUGAAUGUUCUAGAAGAUAUUCUGACUGAAGCUCCUGAUCAGGACGACGAGCUCUACAAUCCUGAGACUGAACGUGACAUCAGCGACAAGAAAGGUUCGAAACAUAGUACCGCUACCAGAACUACACACACUACUACAACGAGAACUACACACACUAUUACAACCAGAACUACACACACUACUACAAUUAGAACUACACACACAACUGCAACCAGAACUACACACUACUACAACGAGAACUACACUCACUACUAGAACUAGAACUACACACACUACUACAACCAGAACUACACUCACUACUACAACUAGAACUACAAACACGACUGCUAUUACUUGAGAGUGAAGUUUUGCAAACAGCUGAUCAGGACAAAGUUGCUUGUUUGACCUCUAAUCCCUGAGUUUUGUCUGUCAGGAACUAAAAGAAAGAGUGAGCGCUCUGACAGCCAGGAUCUGAAAAGGCUGCGCUCCUCUUCAGGCCAUGCCUCCUCCCGGUCCUCUUCUUCCAAUAAGAGAGCUCCUGGUCCUUCUCUGUCCUCCUCCUCCUCCAAGAAGGCAGUGACCAGUCCACGUAGACGUAAUGCUGUGGCUGCUACCGGUUAUCGCCACGAAUACUAUGAGGAGCGGAAGGGGCGGCGAGGAGCUCGAGAGGUGACGCGGAGCCGUGGAGGGGAAGAUCCACGCCGCCGAGAGCCUCCAAGGAGUCUGGAAUCUCUGAGUCAGGUACUUCAACUCCUACUUAGUCCACUAGUACUAAUACUAUAAAUACCAGGGUGUAAGACUUCACUAGUAUUGAUCAUAUUGAAAUGACCAAAUUGACUGAAGCUGCUCUAACUGUAAUCUAAUCUACUAUCAUUUAAUCUACUAUCAUUUAAUCUAAUCCUACUUCUUUUUAAUCUUCUGUUUUAACCUCCAAAAGUACGAUCAUCACUGCUGGUACUUUUAAGAGUACUGAUACUCUCAUCCAGCGACACUCGUCUGACUUUUGAGGGACUCAGAAGCUCUGCUGAGCUGACUGACAGACAGGUGUGUUGAAGCGAGGAGGCUUAAGGCCCGCCUCUCAUAGGCUGUCAGCUCGGUUGAGUCAACAUUUCAGAUAUGGCGAUUUCAGCCAAUAGGCUUCAAAACUUCGCCUCAAAAACGAUGAAUGUCGUCACCCACCCCUUGUCCAACUUCACAGUCCAUUGUUAAAGGUGGUGUAGUCAGGAUCUGAGGAAGUCCCAGUUUUUAGGAGAAAUCUUGAAUGUAAACUCUACCCCUCCCAACCAAUUUUCCCCUCAGCUCCUCCUCUCCCCUCCCUCUCUGUUCCAUUAAGCCCCGCCCACAAACAGAUGCACCUGCUCACUCGUAUCGUUCCAAUUAAAUUCAGAAAAAAUGCAGAUAAAUACUUCAGAUAAUUACAAAUGGGGCCCAGUCAACGUGAAAGUAAAAAGCAUUUGUGCUACUGUAGAUGCCAACAGACUACCAGCAAACACAAUGUUUGCAGGACUUCUACAAAUAGGAUAAAGUGACAGAGUCCAGGACCCGAGGUCAACAGUUUAGCUGAGCUACAACACGCUACAGAUGGUCCUGUUUGACAAGAAACACUUCUGUUACAGACACUUGGCUUACUUUGUUUAAGCGGUUUCCAGUCCAGCAGAAAGGUUACAGGGUCACCAAGAUCCCGAUGCGUCCCCCAUCGUUUAUGUUGACCCAGCUUUUUACCUCUUGUCCGGUCUACCUCCUUUUUUAAGUGCCCGUUAUUUCGCCAGAGUCUCCGGUAUCUACUUCGUUUCCUUGCUUGUGUCAGCAGCCGUGGUCAAAGGAGGAUUCAGACAAUUUUCUGAACUUUCUGGUUGGUUUCUACUGUCCGAUAUUGUAGCACGCUAACUGUUUGGGCUCGUGAACGACACGGGGAGCAGCAUCUGCCUCACAACCAACAGGUCGGAGAGGUGGAGAACAGCUUUGUUUACAGUGAGAAAUGUUGACUACACAGACGUAAGAGAACACAGAGAUAUGGUGAUAUUCCCAAAUGUUGUCAGUAACUAAUAACUAUUGACUAAUAUUUAAAAAAAUUUUGCAUGAAAACCACAAAAUAAAAAGACGCUUCUUUAACAGAUUCCUGCCUACCCCACCUUUAACCCUUUCCACACACACAGAAACCACUCCCCUCCAGCCAGUCAGAGCCCAGUUUGAAAGCCAAUUAAAACUGUUUCCUGUCUGUUUGUAGAAAAUGAGGCAUGAUGAGCGCCGGGUAAGCCCCUCCCCCCAUGAGGAAGAAAACCAGUCAGAGGAAGAGGAAGCAGUGGGAGAGUAUGGCUCAGAUGGCAGAUCAGGAAGCUCCUCUCCUGCUGCGUCUCAUGUAGAGGAGGAAGAGGAGGAUCCUGAUGAAGAAGAGGAGGAGGAGGAGGGUAUGGAAGAAGAAGAGGAGGAGGAGGAGGAGGAGGAGGAGGGAGAAAAGGAAGACGAAGAGGAGGAGGAGGAGUACGAGCGUCGCGGUGGUGGUGAGGGAAACGACUACGACACCCGCAGUGAGGCGGGUGACUCUCGCUCCGCCUCCUCCGUUAGUUUCACAGAUGAUGGCGAGUCUGUGCACUCAGGCUCUGCCUCUGAAGCCUCAGGUAACCGUAACGACAAGAAUUUCAAUCAAUAAUGACUAUAAUAAUAAUGACUCUGCUUCAAAAUAAAAUCUGUUGCUUCAGAAACAAUGCAGCGUUUAGAGGAACGUGUUAACUUACUCGCAGUAAUCUCACUGAGCUGAAGAACACUGCUUCCUCUACCAAUUAAUUAAAUUAGGCUUUUAUUUUGAAAGGUUCGGUGAAAAAAAGGGAGAAGCUGUCUUCAUCUGUCAGAGCUGUUCGCAAAGGAAUGGAGAGUAAGGCCGCCAUUUUCUAUCUCUGCUUUUUAUAACGUAAAGAAGUAAACAGAGGAAGUCCAAGAAAUCUGAGGAAGAAGAGCAGGGAGACCAUCUGAAAAAUAAACUAUAGGAAACUACAGUCAACUACAGAAAACUACAAUCAACCAGAAUAAACUACAAAAAACUACAAUCAACCACAGGAAACUACGGACAACAAGUUUAAACUAGAGAAAACUACAAUAAACCACAGCAAAAUACAGACAACCAGAUAAAACUAGACAACCAGAUAAAACUGGACAACCAGAUUAAACUACAGACAGCCAGAUUAAACUACAGACAACCAGAUUAAACUACAGGAAACUACAAUCAACCAGAAUAAACUACAGAAAACUGCAGUCAACCAGUAUUAACUACAGAAAAACUGCAGGCAACCAGAAAAAACUGCAGAAAAUCAGAAAAAACUACAUUCAACCAGAAUAAACUACAGAAAACCAGAAUAAACUACAAACAACCAGAUUAAAGUACAGAAAACUACAGUCAACCAGAAUAAACUACAGAAAACCAGAAUAAAUUUCAGACAACCAAAUUAAAAUACAGAAAACUACAGUCAACCAGAAAAAACUGCAGAAAAAAACAGAAUAAACUACAUUCAACCAGAAUAAAAUACAGAAAACCAGAAUAAACUACAAAUAACCAGAUUAAAGUACAGAAAACUAGUCAACCAGUAUAAACUACAAGAAACUCUAGUCAACCAGAUUAAACUGUAGAAAACUGCAGCCAACCGCAGCAAAAUACAGCCAACCAGAUCAAACUACAGACAACCAGAUUAAACUACAGAUAAACAGAAUAAACUACAGAAAAUAAUAUUUAACUACAGUGUACCAGAUCAAACUACAGUGAACCACAGUAAACUACAGCAGACUUGAGUAAAGUACAGCACACUGCAGUUACCCACAGCAGACUAGUCAUUUACAGUAAGCUUCAGUUAGCCACAAUCAACUACGGUAAACUGCAGUCAACCACAGUAAGCUACAGAUACUGACAGUAAACCACAGACAAACACUAUCAACCAGAGGAAAAUACAGAGUAAUUUACAGUUAACCAGAAUAAACUACAGAUAACCAGAUUAAACUACAGACAGCCGGAUUAAACUAUAGAAAACCAAAUUAAAUUAAAGUCAACCCUGGUGAACUACAGCAAUGAACAGCCCACCACAUUAAACUACAGACAAACACUAUGAACCAGAGGAAACUACAGACACUCAGAGUAAUUUACAGUCACCCAGAAUAGACUACAAAUAACCAGAUUGAAAUACAGUAAACCAGAAUAAACUACAAAUAACCACAGCAGAUCAAAGUCAACCCGCGAACUAGAGCAAGUAAAAGCCCACCACAGUAAACUACAGUCAACCAGAAUAAACUACAGCUGACUACAGUAAUAUCCAGUAAACUUAACUGUAACAGUUUUUAUUCCUUACUGAACUACAGUUAACUACAGAAACCUGCAGUACACUGAAGCGCCAACAUAUUGCAGACGACAGUAAACUACAGAUAACUACCAAAAGGUUACAGUAACUACAGCAAACAACUUUUUUUGGGCUGCUGUUAAAUGGACAUGAUUGGUUAAUGUUGCUCAGGGGGAGGAGCUUUGAUGGACAGGUGUGUUUUACUUUCCGUUUUGUUUCAGCUCCAACCAGCAGGCUGCGCUACAUCCUGCGAGACGCUCGAUUCUUCCUCAUCAAGAGCAACAACCACGAGAACGUGUCUCUUGCCAAAGCUAAGGUCUGAGACGUUUACCUGGGAUUGAUUAAUUUGGGGGGGGGUUACCUGUGAUUGAUUAAUAAGGGGGGGGUUACCUGUGAUUGAUAAAUGAAGGUGUGUGUUGUUUGUUGCGUUGUCAGGGGGUGUGGUCAACCUUGCCUGUUAAUGAGAAGAAGCUAAAUGCAGCGUUUCGUUCUGCUCGCAGCGUCGUUCUCAUCUUCUCUGUGAGGGAGAGCGGAAAGUUUCAAGGUCAGACAGGUCACAUGACCACCUCUUAGAGACCCUUCUUCUUCUUUACUCUCCCAACCCUCCAUGAAAUGUUCUGAUUUCUCCUCUUCUUUUUCUUCUUCUUCUUCCUCCUGACUUCCUCUUUCUUCACUUCCUCCUCCUUCCUCUUCCUCCUGACUUCCCCUUCCUCCUCUUCUUCCUCUUCCUCCUCUCUCUCCUCCUCCUUCCUCUUCUUCCUCCUGACCUUCCCCUACCUUCCCUUCUUCUUCCUCUUCCUCCUUACUCCUCGUCUUCCCUCUCCUCUUCCUCUUCCUCCUGACCUUCCUCUUUCUCUGUCGGUUGCAGGUUUUGCCCGCUUGGCGUCAGAGUCUCAUCAUGGCGGUUCCCCAAUCCACUGGGUUCUUCCUGCGGGGAUGAACGCUAAAAUGUUGGGCGGAGUCUUUAAGAUCGACUGGCUCUGCAGGUGAGCUCACCUGGUUCUGACGCUUCAUUUAUUUCCGAUGUUUGUUCUUCAGGAUUAAACGCUGCUUGAUUUUUUCCAGGAGGGACCUACCUUUCACGAAGACGGCUCACCUGUCCAACCCCUGGAACGAACACAAGCCGGUGAAGAUCGGACGUGACGGACAGGUGAGUGACGCCUGCAGUUCGUGUUUAGGCGAAGUUUGGAUCAGAGCAGCAGCAGGGUUGCGUCACUCAGUACGUUUCCAUGACACUCGAGAAAACCAAAUAAUCGCCUUAUUCCAAUCAAGACCAAACAACUGAAGUGCAUGUAAACACCUUAGUUCUCCGACUAUAAUCGGAGUUUUAGAACUCUGAUUAUAGUCGGAGAACUCCAACUAAGACACCCAGAUAAUGCCAUUAGAAUUGGAUUUUCUCUACCAUGUAACCAGCGUAUUCGGAGUAUGAUCGGACAAUGCCUGUGCGCCACACCCCCGUAACCCCGGAACAAAAACAACAGAGAAGAGGAGUAGUGUGCGUCUCAUCUGCAGAAAAAGUAGCACGUCCAUCAUGUAGGACAAAAACAACGCUGUACGAUGCUCCAUCUUCUUGCUCCAAAAUGCCCAGCAGCAGUGGUAGACACUUCUGACGUCUGGCAUGGACAUGCUGUUGUUCUUUACGGUUGUAUGGGGUCGGAAACAGCACCACUGAAAUGACCCAUAUCGCCCCCUAGCUUUGGGGAGGAGGACACGUUCAAGUCAUUUAUUCGAUUUUCUCAGCUGCAUGUAUACGCCGACAAGGAGAGAAGUCCGAUUAGGAAAAAAAUAUAUAUAUAUAAAUUUAGUCCGAAUAAACUGUGCAUGUAAACGCACUGAGUGAUACUAGCGGCGUUUAACCCUUGUGUAACGGUUAGAUUUACAUCCGUUGUUUACGCUCAGUGGCUAAAAAAAGCCACUGACAUUGAGUGCUGUAAAAACAUAUUGGAUUCAGAUUUUUUUCAGAUUUUUUUUCACACAUCUCUUAAUUGACUUCUGCUGUAUUCAAAACUAGUAAAUGUGUCAUAAAAAAAAUUCUAAAUUUUAACCCUUUAAGGGCCAAUUUUAAACAUAAAGUCACUAAUAUUGGGAAAAAAUGGGAGGAAAAUGACUGAUUUUUAUAAGAAAACAUAAUCUGAAACUGGAUAUCUCUUGCAGGGUAUUAAAGUCUUGAAUAUGUAAAGGAUUAGUAAUAUCAUUGACUUUGAUGCCUUUUAAGUUUUUUUGUAGGAUCAGAUUUCCAAAAAACAUCCUUUGUUAACGCUCAGUGGCUAGAAAAAGCCACUGACAUUGACUGCUGUAAAAACAUAUUGGAUUCAUAUUUUUUCCAGAUUUCUUUUCACACAUCUAUCAGUUAACUUCUGCCCUGAUCAAAAAUAGUACAUUUUUUAUCUAAAAACAUUUUUUUAACCCUUUGAGAGUCCAUUCAAAACAUAACACCACUGAUAUGGUACAAAAAUACACAAAAAUGACCUAUUUUCAUAAUCAGAAAUAGGCAAUUUUUAAUGUGUUGCAUAAUCUUGGCCUUGUUAAGGAUUAGGAACCUCAGAAACCUUGAUACAUUUUUGUGUAAAAUCUGACUGUCAUAAAAAAAUUACACUUACACUAUUCAUGUCUUUUAUAUACUCGCAUUUUCUUUGCGUACCAGCAGGUGGAAGUAAUGAAAAAAUGUAACCAAUUUUAACAUUAGAACCAAACCAUAUUUUAUCACUCAAAAUGCAAUAAAACAAAAGCCACAAAUAUACAACAACAGAGUAUCAAACCAGAACAAACGACUAACUUUUGAGGGUGAAGCGGUGGAGAGGAUUGAAAGAAACCUGGGAAGCCUUAGAGAGUGAAUGUGUGAGAAAUUGAGUGAGCAAAGAGAGAUAAAAUUUAAAAGUGUGUGUGUGUGUGUGUGUGUGUGUGUGUGUGUGUGUGUGUGUGUGUGUGUGUGUGUGUGUGUGUGUGUGUGUGUGUGUGUGUGUGUGUGUGUUUUCAGCGUUUGAAGCAAGACCUGCAGGAGAUCACUCUGUGUUCAUGCCAGAUGUGUUUCCAAACAGGCCAGACAAAAUCGGAAGCCCCAAAAAAUGUGUGUUUGUGUGUGUGUGUGUGCAUGUGAGAGAGAGAGAGAGGGGAGGAGCCUGCAGGUCAUGACCCAGCACUGACCUGGCCACAAAAGUAAACUAUGUUCUUCAGCUCUCAGAAGUACAGAGAGGUGGAAAAAAAUGAACAAAAACAAAAGUGAGCUGUUAUGUCUGGAGGUGUUUAUAAACCUGCUAUCUGGCCUUUUGAUCUCCGGGGGCCCCAACCCUGGCUUCACCCCUGCAGUCUACAACUUGCAGAUUCUAAUGACCAUUUUCUCAUGAGAAGAGCAAGAGAAAGCAUGAAGAGAAGCUUCAGCACCACGGAGGCCCUUGCAAUGGUCAUUGAUUCUGAUGGGAUGGAAUGUGACCCCCCACAGGAUCCAUCAUCAUUGUCUGGCCUGUUUUGUUCGAGGGGUGAAUCUACUGCCUCGCUGUGGGAUGUGGAUCUCUCCUGGAACCGGAGAAAGUGAUUCAGGAGGAGGCUUUUCCUGGAGGACCUGGGAACGGCUUUGGUGUCAAAAAGAACUAACAAAACCUUAGAGUUAUGUGUGAAACACAUCUGGCAUGAACACAGAGUGAUCUUCUGCAGGUCUUGCUUCAAACACUGAACACACACACACACACACACGCACAGAGCUGAGUUCUGGCUCAGCACAUUACGACCAAGCUGGUAACGAAAGAGAAUGCGAGUAUAGAAAAGACAUGAAUAGUGCAAGUGUUUUUAUGAGUGUUUUAUGAAAGUUUCUAUGAAAAUCAGAUAUUACACAAAAAUGCAUCAUAAUUCCUGAGGUUCCUAAUCCUUCACAAGGCCGACUAUUUUGAAGUCAUAUUUUCAAAGUGUUCAUCAAUAUAGGCAUCUGCACAAAAAAUCAUCCCAUUUGCUGCAGUAAAAAAAAAGUUACAUGGAAAUUAGUGGCUAAAUUUUGCCCCAAGUGGCUUUUUUUAGCGAGACCGUUACAUAAGGGUUAAAAAAGGGGGCAGUAGUGGACCUUCAAGCUGACUUGAAACAGGAAGAAGAAGACAGAUUUUUGUGAUUUAUUUACAGGAAGUAUUUUCUUAUUUCAAAAUAAAAGCACAGUUGUUAUAUCUGAAAUAUCUGUAUAGCACAAGAAAAAAAAAUUUGUCAUAAUAAGAAAUGCAGUCUCACCUUUGACCCUGAGUCAUGACAUCAUCAGAGAUGGACGAUGACUUCAGUUCACAAAUAUUCAAGGUCGUAUCAUAGACUGUCUCAUUUCAGAGACCGCAUCGGGCUAAGUGCACUUCUGCACCGUCGAACGGUGCAUUUGAAGCGUGCAUGACGUCAUGACGGCGCGGACGGUGUCCCAUUUGGUACGAGAUGCUGAAAAAAUGCUAAGCGCGCUUAGCAUUUCUUAAGCGUGCAUUUAUGCAAGCUUGAAAAAGAGGCGGGGGCAGUGUGGUUUUGAGACCGAAUUUGAAGCGCGCUUAGCAUUUUGUGCCAAACGGGACACCGUUCGUGCCGCGUGAUGACCUCACACACGCUUCAAAUGCGCCGUUCGACGGUUGCGGUAUCUGAAGUGGGACACAGGAAGGGUACAUAACGGCACAAAACGGCAGUGCACUCAGCUAAGCACGCUCUGAAAUGAGACACAGCCGGAGUUGUUCUUUCCUGACCCCGACGAUGGCGAGAAUGUGGCGCGAUGAUGUGUCGUCCGUUUGGAUGAAUGUGUUUGAGUUUGUUUUUCUCUUCGUUCAUCUUUAGGAGAUCCAGCCGGAUAUCGGCGCUCAGCUGUGUGCCCUGUUCCCAUUGGAUGAAAAUGUUGACGUCCAUCAGGUCGCUCGCCGAGUUCGUCACAAGCGUCGGACGCCGUCUGAACCCCGUCCCCGAGGCCGACCACCUCAGCGUGAACCGGGAAGGUUAGCCAUUCAUCAAGCUCCUCCUCCUGCUGCCCGUUCUCCUUCUUCUACUGCCGCGACCACGGCGCCACCUGCUGCCGGACAACGGAGACGGUUGCUACCUGUAGCCAGCGGCUAGCUCACCUGUGGCAAGCUUUGCUGGUUCUCUGGUUGUUGUCAGUUUUCCAGUUUGGAUUUUUCUGCAGGAGCGACGCCACACGAUGUGUUUUAGUUUAAAAUCCUCAAAGUUCAGACAGGAAGUCUUAAUCCAGAGUCAAGAGGUUUUGGUUUUACUUUACGGUACCAGAAAGAAAACAUCCUUAACCUUUAGUCUGAUUUUCAGGUUAAAGAAGUUUCAGAAUAAUGUUUUUAUUUAAGAUUUUGUCAGUUCCACAAACUCGCAGUUUGAAUCUAAAGUUUUAGAAUAAUGUGCUUUCAUCUUAAAGUUCAGUUUGAAGGUUUAAAUCUAAAGUCUGAAUCUAAAUGUCUGUUUCUGAGCUCUCUCCCUGCAGGAAGUUCGGUCUGAGGAGGUUAAAAAAAGGGUUUUAGCUGGACUGUGGAUCACCCUUUCAAAACAAAAUCAGAGAGGACUCUGGACUGAUGGAAGAGAGGCUGGGUGAGGGAUGGGCGAGCGAGGUAGCAGUGAAAGAGAGAGAGAGAGAGAGAGGACCUCAGAGCGAACUGUUCUGGUUUUGAGGAGGAGGUCAGUUUGGUUGGGCAGGAGGCGGGGCCUCUGGACUACAUCCAAUCAGUGUAAGGUGUGAUGGAGGGGCGGGGCCUCUGGACUCUUAAAGGUCAGGUGUAACGGAACGGUGGUGGGGGGGCAGAGUUGUCAAGGUAAACCUGAAAACAUAAAAAGGACUGAAAGGACUUUGACCCCCACCCCCACCCCCCCACCCCCUUCCCCGCUUUCCCCCGCCACACACACACACGUACACACACAGAAUCAGGACUCAGAGCGGUGUGUGUAUUUUUCAGUGUGUCUGUGUGUCACCCUCUAAUGAACUGAGUAUAAAGGGCGUGGUGACGAGGAGGCAGGAAGCAGAUUUUCAGAAUAAAAGAAUCGAGGAUGGAGCGACAGGCCAGAGAAAGUUUCUGGUGUCUGUUAAAGACUUGUUCUGGUUCUGGAAGGGAUGGGUCUGGGCUCAGAGAGAGUGGGAGGCUAGUUAACAGGACUGCAUCAUGUUCAUCAUCAUCACUUCCCUCCACCUUUUCAAAAUAAGAGGGUCUGUAAAAUAAGAAGGACUGAUGAGAAAAAAACUGUUUUUAGGAGGAAAAGUAUUGUUGCCCCGCCCACAUUUGCAGCUGAAGCGGUAUGUUGUCCCUCAACAGGCUUUCUCUCUCUCUUUUGGUUUGUUUUUCUGUUUUCUUUCCUCUUUUUUCUGUUUUUUUUUGUGUGUGAAAAAGAAAACGUGUUGAAAUUCUGUUUCUAUGAGAAUCUAAAACAAAAACAUUUACCCUGGAAAAACUAAACCAACAAACUGAAAACCUGAAACGACAAAGAACAGAGAGUGUGUGUGUAUCAGGAAAACAGACAAAACUUUAGCAAUUAAAUGAUAAAUGUUCAAGCAAAACAGGAAAAUACCUCCCUAACCUUUCAUAAAACAAAACUUCACAAGGAAAAAGUUCAUGUAGGAAGAUUUUCUAAGGAAAACUUGACAAACUGUAUGAGGGAAAACUUAACAGUGAAAAAAAACAUCAGAAAAACUAACAGAUAAACAGUGUAAAACUUAACGUGAAAACUUUUACUGUGGAAUAACAGGAAGUACUUAAGUACAUAAUUUACAGAGUAAACGUUUUUUUUUUAAAACUUGACUGUAAAAAAUCUGAAACAGUAAAGAAUCCGUCUGUAAAAUCUCUGAAAGGUAAAGUUUAAAGACAGAGAGGCGGUGAGACUCGGGUCAGAAUUUUAAAGGUGUUCAGGUUUCCAGCAGGUGUGUCCGAUCUUACCUGUCCUUAACUGUAAACAGUAAGUGGGGCUGAGAGCAGCAGCUGGACCAACAUCUGGGUUUAACAAAGACUCCCAGUUCAGACUCAUUGAAGUCUUUAAGUUCAGAACAGCAGUCAGACUGAAGCCCAGUUUGGGUCACACCUGUUAGUGAUUCUGGUUCUGCGGGUGUCAGACCAUGUGAACACGUUUCCGUUUCAGCCGUUUACGGACCUUUAGAGCCAACCAUCAAGAAUGUCCAGAUUGAACCCUGAUCAUACCAGAGACAGGACGGACCUGGUUCUGGUCCAGCUGGUUCACUCACCCCCUGAUUCAGGGGUUUAUCAGAGUGUGGGUCUGAGCUUUGACCUGCAGACUCCAGACUGGAGCUGAAGACUGCAGCCAAACGAGUUGAAUUAUUGUUUGUGAGUGAGUGAGUGAGAAAAUUAUAUGCGUGUGUGAGAGUGAGUGAAAAAUUUUCUGCGUGUGUGUGUCUUAUUCUUUAACUUGUCUAUGUAGGCGUCGUCCUGAGGAGUAUGACCUCCAUGGCAGGAAGCGACUACGAGCUGACGGUCCACCUGACUUCAACCAGCGAGCAGGUGGUCAAUCUGAAAAACUGGAACCGAAGUUUCUUUUUCAAAUUAUCCUCUAAAAUAUCUGAAACACGCUGAACCUGGAAAGGAGACCUGAAGUUCUGAUCUUCACCUGUGGAGAAACGAAUGACAUGAAAAUCUCUGACAUAGUUUGGACAAGUGUCUUUUUACACAGACUAAAAGUUGGAGGGUUACAUUUUACACAGCUCUGGACUGUAAUUCUUCAAGAGAAGAAUGAAGGACACAUGAUUAUCUUUGUUGCUAUUUUAACAUCAGUUCAGUCUAAAAAUUGGUGAAAUAUUUUAUUUACCAAUUUGGCGAAGAGUUUGUGUAACACAGUGUGUGUGUGUGUGUGUAUAUAUAUGUAUAUAUAUGUAUAUAUGAAUAUAUAUGUAUAUAUGAAUAUAUUAUAUAUAUGUACAUACAUAUUUAUACAUAUAUGUACAUACAUAUAUAUGUAUAUAUAUAUAAAUAUAUGUAUAUGUGUGUAUAUAUAUGUAUGUAUGUAUGUAUAUACAUAUGUAUGUAUAUAUGUGUGUAGAUCUAUCCAGCAGGUCUCCUUUUUCAGUGUCUCAGAGUCUGAUUGCUGCUAACAGUUUUUCAUGCAUUAAUUAUUCAUGACUAAAUAUAUUUUGGAGUGUUUUGAUAGGAAAUGAUCUUGACCGUUUCUAGUUGAAUUUCAGUUUAAUUUUUUGUUUUUCUGCAAAGUUUCAAAAACUUAAAUGAUUUUGUGAUUUUGCUGCUCACACAUCUGAAAGUCCAAACUAAUGAGAGUUAUUUUAAUUUCAGGGUUCAUCCAAGACCUUCGUAACCAACCAGUAGACAGGUGAGGCCUCUUACCUCACCUUACACCAGGCAUGUCCAAACUAUUCCACAAAGGGCCUGUGUGGAUGCAGGUUUUUCUUCCAACCAAUCAAGAGCACCCAGUCUGACAAAUCAGCUGUCUGCAGACUGAGAUCAGCUGAUGAAAUGAAUCAAGUCUGGUGUGCUGCUGCUUGGUUGGAAGAAAAACCUGCAGUCACACUGGCCCUUUAUGGAAUAGUUUUGACAUACCUGUCUUACACAGAUGACAGGAAGUAGGUGGAGCUACAGCAGCAUUCUUGGACCAAAUGACCUUGAAUUCUGUCUUAAUUUGAUAUGUAAUAGUUUUGUUACAAAGUUGAGUUUUUUCACAGAAAGGUCAAAAUAUUCUCUUUAUCAAGGGUUUAACUGAAAAGUCUGUUUACUCGAAGGGCUUUUAUUUUGAAAAGAUUGAAGUGUAAACAAUCUUAAAAAUACUGAAUGAGCUUUAAUGUUCAUUUGUUUGUUUUAGGCGUUUCUCUGGAGUAAGACGAGACGUUUUCCUGAACGGGGUAAGUCCAAACCAGUUACCAUGUUAGCUUAGUGUCUCAUUAGCCUGUCGUCUGUGUCGUGAGCCCGUUCGCCGCGGCGUGCUAACCUGUGUCUCUGCCGCAGUCCUACGACUACAUGAGGGACUAUCACCACAGCGUGGGCCCCCCCACCCCGUGGCAGACCAUGGUGAGUCAUCACUCCGUAACAGCAGCUGACCUUUAUUUGAAUGUUUGACAUGAUUGGUUGUGAUGAUGAUGUCAUCACUGUGUCAUCAGGCAGCCUAUCCUGGCGUAGAGCAGCCCCCACCCCACCACCCCCCCUACUACCAUCACAGCCACCCCCCUCCCCCCCCUCACCAAGCCUACCAUCACCACCACCACCCGCCCAUGCCGCCUCAUGAGGCUCCGCCCCCUCGCUUCAGAGACAAGCAGCGGGCGCCGCAGCACCGCGCCUUCACCUCCAGCCCGGUGAGACUAACUGUUUCUUUCUUUGAUCCAAUCAGCUCUUUAUCUUUUGUGUCUCACCUCUUUCUUUCCCAUCAUGCAGCAUGACUAUGACAUGCGGGUGGACGACUUCCUGCGGAGGACGCAGGCGGUGGUGAGCAGCCGGCGAGAAAGGGAGCGACAGCGUGAACGGGAGCGUGGAGGCCCCCGCCGUGAACGAGAGCGAGUGAGGGAGAGAGACAGAGAGAGGGAGAGGGACAAGGAGAGGGGGCGGUACCGCAGGUGAUCUGACGAUGUCACAUCCUGUCUGCCUGCCUGCAGGGCUUUUAUUUUGACAAUGUUUUCUCAGCUGUUUUCUGUUUGUUAAACAUGAAUAAAAAAAAAAAUAAUGGAAUGAUGAUGUCUUAAGUUUAAUUUUCGUCACAGGAAGUGACAUCACUGCUCAGCACCACGGCUCUGUCAUACGUGCUCCUGUGAUUGUGUACAUGUGGAAACAUGGUUUCCCAGAAUCCUCUGUCAGCAGCAAGAAGUAGUUUUAUUUUAAUGAUUUUCUGCUUUAGUGGCUCCAGACAUUUUAUUUUGAAAGUCAAAGUGAAUGUAUCCUGUUUCUUUUAUUGUGAAAGGCUAAAAUGUUUUUUAACUCAAACCUUUUUUAUUGUCUUUGUUUUGUUUAUUCCUUUUAGGUUCUUUUAUUUUGUAGUUCAUGCAUAACUUCCUGCAUAAAGAGAAUAUAUUAGCAUGAGAAGUUUAGGCUCUUUGGUAGCGGCCAACUGGUGACCAGUGAAUUCUGCUCCUUCAUGAUUGGUCGUUCCCAGGGUGACCAGUUGAUGAUGUGAUUGGAG